AUGUUGGAACCGGCCCCAUACAGUGAUGAUCCGGAAGUAAUUGCAGCACGUGAAAGCAUUGAUUAUUCGAAGAAAAUUACCACUGAAAUAGCGAAAAAUGGCCAAGCUGGACGUCCGGUACGUGUGUUCGCUGAUGGCGUAUAUGAUUUGUUCCAUCAUGGGCAUGCAAAUCAGCUGCGUCAGGCAAAAAAUGCUUUCCCGAACGUUUAUCUUAUUGCUGGAGUUUGCGGUGAUGCAACUACUCUCAAAUAUAAGGGUCGUACUGUAGCGUCGGAAAAUGAAAGAUACGAAAGUGUGCGCCACUGUCGCUAUGUGGACGAAGUGUACAAGGAUGCUCCAUGGCACUGUACAGUUGAAUUCCUCAAAGGACUUAAGGUGUUUCCUGGCAAUACGUACUGGUUUUAUACAUCACUUAUCUGA